AUGGUUGAACUGAUACUCAUCAGGGUUCCAUCGAGUAGUCUGCUGAGGUGCCGCAGCGUAUGCAGGCAGUGGAGACUCAUCCUUCGGGAUCCACGGUUCGCCGCGGCACACCUGGAGCUUCAGCGUGCGCCGGCGUGUUGCCCUCUCCUGUUCUCCAACCGCGAGUCAGCUCUCAAGAAGCUUUAUCCCAGCGAAGCGAUCCUCUUUGAUGAAGCCUGGUCACCGUCAAGGUGGGAUGCGCCUGUGAUCGAGCCUGACGACUUUCUGUUCGCCUGUUGCAAUGGGCUCGCUUGCUUGUACUCGGAUAGGUCAACGAUCAAGAUUGCCAACCUUGCUACUGGCGAGUGCCUGCACCUUGCAAAACCUGACAACAGAGCGACUGGUGACCAUUAUUUCUUCUACAACUUUGGUUUUCACCCUGUGACGAAAGAGUACAAGGUUAUACGCUUUCUUGGCGCGAGGGCGCUCUUUUCCGUGGGCACCGUCAUUGUCGUUCAAGUUUACACACUCGGCGAUGACAAAUGGAGAGAUGUCAGAGCUCCGAAGACUCAGACCUUGAACUGUAUCGACUACUCUGGAGUUGUCAAUGUUGACGGAGCAAUGUACUGGCUAAGUGAAGACGAAAGAAAUCGACGGCGGCGUGCUAUCGUGUCCUUUGAUCUCAGAGAAGAACGUUUCGAAUGGAUACAGCUGCCAAUAGCCGACGACCAUGCAGGCCCCCGUGCUUAUAGUACGUCUCGUAUGUACUGGGUCACAGAGGUAGAUGCCAAGGUGUGUGUUGCUACAGCUGAAAACAGUUUCCAUUCAGCUAUAGGGUUUGUUGGGAACCUGCAGAUCUGGACACUUGAGAACAAGGCAGACCAAAGCUGGAGGCACAAGUGCACUAUUCAGUUCUCAUCAGCUGAGACAUGCAUUCCUAGGCCACAUUUCAUCCAUGGGGAUAAGAUCAUAUUUUACGGCAAGGGUGGGAAUAUUUACUACCAGGAAUUGAUAGGUCAGAACAUUAAGAUUAAACAGAGCAAGAUGGUGAGGCUGUUCAAUUACAGUCCCCGCUGGUGCGGCAACAUGCAAUCCUUCAAGUAUGCGAGGUCGCUCGUACAGUUGGAUGCAUACAGCAGGGGUGGUGUUUGUUUUCAGAGGCCAAAGCGACGGGAGGGUUGGAAACUGAAGAAGUGGGAGAAUUGGAUGCUCGAACUCUGCGCGCUAGAGAAACUGUGGAGAAGGAUCUAUGAGUUGGAGCGUUCCAUAUCUGCAAGCGCACGUCGUAUGGGCAUGAACAUCAAUCCGCUCUUGCAGCAUCCACCAGAGAAGAGUCGAUUCAACUGGGUGGAGCAGAAGCGGGUGAGGGAGAUGCUGGAUACUAGUCUGAAAAGAUUGGAAAGUAUUCGUAAGGAAUUGGAUCCCAUUCAAAGUAAGAUGAUCAGUGGGGCUGAUCAGCAUCGAGUCAAUUGGGUGGAGCUGAAGCAGGGUACAUCUAGCUCGGGGUACGGGGUGGUGGAUUUGGAUGAUUUCACAGCUAGGCGUGACACUCCCCCGCGCUUGCUUGCAGCCUUGCAGCUGUUGGGGUUUUCCAGGCUGCUGCCGCCAGAUGGCCGGAGGCCGCCGGUCGGCUUCCCGCAGCAGACUGGGCGGCAUGGGCGCGUUCUUCCUUCCAAGAAAUCGCUGCGGAUGCAGGAAACCGAGGCGCACGCGCAGGCGCCGGCCGGCAGGUGUCAUCGACGGGUGCGGCGGCCGGGCACGGCAUGCACGGCGGUUGUGUGA